AAGGAAGAAUCGUGCCGUCUCGCUACCUGCAGUACACUCGGAAAACUACCAAGAAGGAUACUUCAGGGAACUCCUCUUCAUCUCGUUCUACUCUACCAUCUUCUGGCUCUAAAUCAAGAUCGAUUCUUUCUCAGAAACGUGAAGCUUCUGCUGGUGCUGCCCACAGCACGUUAAAUCAGAGUGGUUUUGUUAAGGGUGACUUGCAGUCCACUUUUGUGAGUGAAGAAGCAAUUGAGAGACCAGACCUUGAUCUUUCAGCUAUUAAAGGUCAAAAAUUUAGAGUGAAGUACUCUCAAGUCUUUGGUCCUGUAACAGGUAAAACUGCUGGCAAACAGACUCAUUCAGCACCUACUUCCACAGAAAAGACAAAGCAAAGGGAUCCUGAAGAUGUGAUACAACAAUUAGAAUCUCAGACAUUUCUCAUGACUUAUCUGAGAGCCAAGGUAGAAAAAAACGUUGCUGCGCUGGAGGAAAAAGCAGAAGAAAACUUGAUGGUGUUGUGCGAGGAAAAAAUGAAGCUACAGGAGUGGAUCUGCAAGUUGAAACGUGAGAUUAUGCUCAAAGAGAGAGAGAAGAGGCUCAGGGCAGAAUUAGACAGACAGGUGGAUGUGCUGACUCCCAUUGUUGCUCUCUGUGCAAACUUUAAAGAGCAGUAUGAAAACUUUGCAGCUUCCCUGGAGGCUACCAGACAUGAACUAGCCAUAAAGAAUAUUCACAUAGAAGGAGAUAAACUGGAAUACCUUGAAAAGGUGCAAAAGGAGUUAGCUGUCACAAUGGAGCUCCUGAAUGAUGUUCUGCCAAGUGACCCAGAAGUUAGUACAGAAGUACUUAAUGAUCUGAAAGAGCUAAAAGUAUCAUCUCAGAAACUGAAUAAAGAGCUUCAAAGGAGUGUCACAGGAGUGCAGACCCUGUCAGCUGAAGUCAGUAAAGAAGUUUCUCUGCAUAACCAAUGUGUCUGUGAGGAGCAUCAUGGACUGGAUGUUGUGAAGCACUGGUAUUUCAACUGA